CAUGUCAAAGCUGAUUAAAAUGGAAAGCGAUCCAGAAAUCAAUGACAGAAAGCGCAAGCUGGACUCCCCUCCAAGAAGAGUAGGUGCAAGUGAUGAAGAUAGGUGCUGCGAAGUGUUGGUCUCAAAUAUCCCAUACGAGUUUCAUUGGCAGAAACUUAAAGACUUGAUUAGAGACAAAGUCGGUGAAGUAGGACAUGUCAAAAUUUGGCAAGAUGAUAGCGGUAGGCACAAAGGGGCCGGUGUUGCAAUUUUUCCAUCGGCUGAGCAGGCUCAGAAGGCGGUUGAAGAAUUGAAUAGACACGAUGUAAACGGCCGGCAGUUGGUCGUGAAAAAGUUCACUGACGAAGAAAAAAGAAAGCGACAAAGAGUUGAAGAGCGUAAAGAAGACAGGCGAAGUGGACCUGGCGGAGGUGGUGGUGGUCGUCAACCUGAUCUGGGUGAUCGCCUUGGUCAUAGAAGUGGCGUACAAGAAGACGUGUCUGGUCGGGUUCUUGAGAUGGUCCAAACUAUUAUGAGCUCAGAUCCAAGCGUUUUAAAGCGACUGGGAGUAAACGAAAAUGUGAUAGAUGCUGUAAACAGUGGACAAUUGUCUGAUACUGUGUUCGUUGCAAAUGUGGAUUUUGCAAUGAAGUGGCAAGAUUUGAAGGAUAUUUUCAAAAUGGCGGGAAACGUCGUCAAUGUCAAAAUGGUUGAAGGUACGGAUGGAAAGACUAAAGGUUAUGGAACGGUUCACUUCACUACGCCAUUGGAAGCUCUGGAAGCAGUAGCUAAGUUUCAUGGUCAGUUGGUGCGGGACAGAAAAAUAACUGUCAAAAUUGAUCAGAUGUCAAAAAAUAAGAUAUCAAUUCAAGAAUUGAUGGCUAGUUAUGCUCCUCCUCGGAACCCUCCUCCGGAUUUGUUCUCAAGAUCGUCCGGUAUGGGCCUUGGAGAUGUUUCAAGGCUAGGUGGAAUGUCUUCGUUGGGCGGGGGAGGAGGUUUGGCUUCUGCGUCCUUGAUAUCGCGAGAAUUGGAGCUCGAACGUUUAGCUCUGCAAAGAGAACGCGAGAAGAUUCUUUUGCAGUCUAUGAGUUCGGAGCGCUCUGCUUUUCCACCUGCGUCGUCGGGUUUCGGUGGGGAUUUAGGAAGGUCUUUCGCUCCUAGUCGUCCAUUUGAGCCACCCAUUGAUUCGUUCAGAUCUAGUGGUCUGCCGCCGUCUGUUCCUCAGAUGGAGCGCGGUGGUCCGGAUUUGAGACAGAAAGAAAUGGAACUUCUGAAAGAGCUGGAAAUGCUUCGCUCUCGUAUGGGACCUUCGGGUGCUAGUCCCAGUAUGCCGUUAAGCUCUGCCGGUUCUUCUUACUCUGGUAAAAAUCCCAUGCAAGGUGGUAGUUUUGGUAGCCAAGGAAUGCCAGGCUUGGGAAGUGAACCCAACCCGGCUCUCGCUCCUGGUUUCGGUCGACGCGGUGUCGUCGGUAACUGUACGAUUUUCAUUCGCAAUCUUCCUUUCCAAGUCAAUUGGCAGAUGUUGAAAGACCGGUUCUCCGAGUUCGGCCAAGUGUUGUAUGCUGAGAUUAAGAUGGAAAACGGAAAGUCGAAGGGUUGCGGCAUUGUUAGGUUCUCGGGUCCCCAAGAGGCGGAAAACGCCAUCAUGAGGAUGAACGGAAAAGUGAUUGAUGGACGCGAAAUCGAAGUUCGUUUUGACAGUAGCGGAAAUUAAAGAAAAUAAUGUCUGUUCUCGAUGUUUUCAACUGUGUGUAAAAGUCAAUUCAAGUCAACUUGGUCGAAAUCGCGUCGAUUUUAUGGAUGUCAAUUCGCUAUUUUAUGAUGCUCUUAGUUUUCAAACUAAUCCAGAUCGUGAGUCUUUCAUUGCAACUUAUUUUGCGGCAGUUUAAAGGUUUCGUAUUAUUGCUCUCGAUUAGAAAAUUCUUCGUUCACACAAAUCAGUUGAAAUCUUUGUGUUUUUAGUAUGCUAUUUUUUAAAAUGUAAACUUGAUACAUGUCAACGGUUGUUUGUUUGUUUGUCCCUACUUUCAUGUUGAAAGUUUCGAAAAAAGUUGUAGCUCUAGUUGAAGAACUUUCUAGAAGUAAAAUCGUACAUAAUAUAUGACUGAACUCGUGUUUCGACUUUCCUCUUUCGUUGUGUAAUUUAACUUUUCAGCAUGA